CAGUGAACAAACCACUGGCGCUCCAUGUGUUUGUGAAUAGCGUUUUGCUUCAUGUAGCUGCUUCACCUCUUGCUUUGGGUCAAAUAGGAGCCUAAACAUAUAGAUUUAGCCACGUUUCCUGAAUCAGAAAAGCACGUACUGCAGUUUAGGUUCGUAUAAUUUAUUUUAUAAGUGUCAGAUAUUUCGUUGAAUCGUUUAAGCUGUUUAUUAGUCUUAUUAAGCUGAGUUAACAGCCACAACGCCUGGAGAACGACGCAGCGAAAAUUCAAGGAGCCGUCAAAGCCGUCCUGACCCUGUGUUGCUAUGGCGAUGCGGGAGCUGGUAGAGGCGGAAUGUGGGGGAGCCAAUCCCCUCAUGAAAUUGACCAGUCACAUGACUCAAGAAGGUGGGGCUUGGAGACAUAGGUCAACACCCACCAUCCCCCCUACGCCGAUUGAAAUAGCCACUGAAGAAGAGCUGGUGAAUGAGUUUCUACAGGCACCCCCACGACCUCCCCACAGUUUUGACAUGGGUCAGCUUUUGGAAGAAAUGCAGCAAAUCGACCAGCAGAGCUACAGACAGGCCCCGCAAAGAGCUCCAGACGUAGCCGCAUUGGCACUAUCGGGUGACUGGGCAGCAGAGUUCCUGUCUGGCGCUGACUCUGCAGUGUCUCCAGCCCAGGCAGGCUUUGAUGCAGCAGACGCUGACUGGACCAGAGAGUUCAUUAAUGACGUGGCAGACCCUGGGCGAUGGGCUGAAGAGUAUCUGGAACAGUCAGAGGAGAAGCUAUGGUUGGGAGAUCUGGGAGAGAAGGAACAGGAGAAAGAAUGGACAAAAGAGUACCAAACAGGGGAAGAGCUGAAGCAAACGGCUAAUGAGCUUCUCGCAAAGGUCGAUGACCCCAAGCUGCAAAACUCAGAGUUCCUACGAUUUGUUAGGCAGAUUGGCGAGGGCAGUGUGGCUGUGGAGGACAGAGCAGGAAAGCAGCUCGCUGAUAAAGCACAGGCCAGGGAGGCACAGAACUGGGCGUCCAGCUUCACGCAGUUCCUGAAGGAAUCAGGGGGAGGGACUGUACAAGUGGAAACUGGAGAGUGCAGAGAGAAGAAUGACCAAGAUAAAGCUAAACAGGCAGAACAGUGGGCUUAUCUCAUCGGUCAGGUAUCUGCCGAGUCCUGGGUAGACGAGUUCACUACGUCCGGUCCUGAUUUUCAGCAGGCUAAAGCUGCCGUGGAGAGUGAUAUCGAUUUCUGGGAGAAGCUGCAGGAGGAGUGGGAGGAGAUGGCUAAGAGAGAUGCUGAGGCUCAUCCAUGGCUGUCUGACUUUGACCAGCUGCUCAGCACCUCAUAUGACAAGGGUUAUCAGUUUGAGGAAGAGAAUCCGUACUUGUCCCACGAGGACCCGCUGACGGAGGGAGUGAAGAGAAUGGAAGCCGGGGACAUCCCUGGAGCCGUGCGCCUGUUUGAGAGUGCGGUGCAGAGAGAACCAGACAACCAGCUGGCCUGGCAGUAUCUGGGAACAUGCCAAGCAGAGAACGAGCAAGAGUUUGCAGCCAUCAGCGCCCUCCGCAGGUGUAUAGAGCUGCAGAAAGACAAUUUGACAGCUCUCAUGGCUCUAGCAGUCAGCUUCACUAACGAAUCACUGCACCGGCAAGCCUGCGAGACACUUCGUGAUUGGCUGAGACACAAUCCAAAGUACCGGCAUAUUCUUGAGCAAAGGGACAGUGAGAAGGAGGCAGAAGGUGUUCGAGAGAGAGAGAAGGAGAGGGAGAGAUUCGGAUCACUGCUGCCUGAGGCAUUGUUUAAUGAGGUGCAGACUUUGUUUCUGAGCGCGGCGGGUGCAGAUCCAACGCGGGUCGACCCUCAGCUGCAGUGCGGCCUUGGAGUUCUCUUCAACUUGAGUGGAGAGUAUGACAAGGCAGUGGACUGUUUUACUGCCGCCUUGUCUGUUACUCCACAGGAUUAUUUGUUGUGGAAUAAAUUAGGAGCUACUCUAGCUAACGGAAAUCGUUCUGAGGAGGCCGUUGCUGCCUAUAGAAGGGCGCUUGAGCUGCAGCCUGGGUUUGUGCGCAGCCGUUACAAUCUGGGGAUUAGCUGUGUUAAUCUGGGAGCUCACAGAGAAGCAGUGGAGCAUUUCCUGGAGGCGCUCUCUCUUCAGAGGCAGGCUGCUGGUGACGUGGAAGGAGGUGCGAGUCGAGCACCAGGCUCCGCCACCACCAUAAUGUCAGAUAACAUCUGGUCCACCCUGCGUAUGGCAUUGAGCAUGAUGGGAGAGAGUUCGUUGUAUGCUGCUGCUGACCGGCGAGAUCUGGACACACUGCUGGCACACUUCUGCCAGAGGGACGGAGAGACGGACUGAAGGAGGGAGAGGGGACAGGGGUGGAGGGAGUUGGUAGCAUGCGAGUGUGGGGAGAAGUGUUUUGGAAGUACAGAAGAGUAGUUGAAGGAACAAAGAGAGUCCUUGAGAUGGACGACAAGAACAAAGAGGAAGGAAGGACUCUAAAGAGUGUAAAACACUCAACACAUGCACUAAAUGCUCUGAAUGGACAGAUAGACUAGCGAUAAUUGAUGGCUAUUCUUGAGAAAUGGGUGUAACAUUUGAAAAUGCUACAUCAUUACAUUACAUUAUUCAGAAGGUUCUUGUGCACAGAGUGUGGUGUUUUUCUCAUUUUGUUAAUCAUUGAUAUGGUAUGUCGUGGUUACAUUCCAACUACUCGAGGACAGUUAUUUCACUAAAAAGAGGUUCUAUUUCAAGUACUGAUCAUGUGAUUGCCUUUGGUGAAAACAAAGACUAAAGAGACCGGUUUGUGUGUGAUACUUUUAGGAAGCGUUACUAACCAUGAUUUCUAAGACCGUAUAGAGAUGGUAGUUAUUGCCAACAAGAAAAUAAUGAAAAAAGGAUGAGAAAUUUGAGGAUGCAUGUUCGCCAUUUCUCUUUUGCUUUUUAUCUAAUUUGAUAAAUAAUCCUGCUGUAAAUAAAUUUGCUUAAUUGUAAAUGCUGCCAUCUUGUGUACCAUAAUUGUAUUAUUAUUAUAAUUAUUAUUAUUAUUUGAAUCUAGCCAACUGACUGUACGAUUAUAUGUGUAACCCAAGCAAUAAAACUUUAAAUUAA